AUGCGUUACCGACGAGGAGGCGGUGGAGAGCAUUACCGUCGCGGUGGUGGUAGCAUUGCACCGCCGCGCCGUUGCCUUGCCCCGCGCCGUCGCCUCGCCUGGCUCGCUCGCCUGGACCGGGGCACCAACGGCUGGGCCUCGCUGCCAGGGCACCUCUUCCACGUGCAAGCGUGCGGAUACUUCUCUAACAGGGGCGGCAAGCGUGGGAACGUGCUGUCCACCACGGAGUGGCUGCUCCGCCCCACGCGGCUCGACCAAGUGCUCGUCGCCUCUGUCUGGAUCGGUUCCAGAGGACGUGUUUGGUUAGCUGGUCCUUACUGCAUCUACUCACCUCUCUGCUUUGAUGUGUUGGAGAGGGCUUAUGAUAUGCUAAUGAUGGAUCAGCUGUUGAAUCGGAAGAAAGGGUUGACGUAUGGGUCGAUCCAGGUGUCAAAGGACAUCAGAUAUGCUGAUGAUCAACCAAUAGUUCCUUAGGGACCUAGAUACUCAAGAUCCACUGUAAAGGACCUGCGCAUAAAUAUGGCAAUAUCAGCAGCGUUUAUCAUGUUUAUAUCUACCCUGGGCCAUGCAGAUUGGAAACCCUUACAGUUCCUGUGUUUUGCGAACUUCUACCGAAUACUGGAGAAGCUGAAGGGUACGGAGCCAGCUAUCGCUCCCAUAUAUAAUGAGUAUGGUGAGGUUGAAGGUCGAGGUAUACAUAUGGCAAAACGAGUGCUAUGUAGUCUGGGUUUAGUGCUUGGAUCAAUGCUUGCCACAUCCCUGGGCUAUACCGGGCUUGUGAAUUUUUCUCAGUUUCUUGGACAAUAUAUUCCAUCUGUCAUUUACAAUUUUCAGGAGUUGAUUGUGACUACAGCUUCAUCCGUUCUGCUUUGCAUCCUAGCCCUUGUUCUCUUACCUCCAAACUCCCAACUUUAA